AGGAUUCCAAUACCACCGCCACUGCAAGCCCUGAAGCUGCGCUUUGGAGUCUGGGCAUUUUAUCCAAUCAACGAGCAGCAGAAGGCUUGGCUCCUCCCACGAGGGCCCACGUGAGCGCUGGGGAAACGCAGGGGCGGCUUCUGGUUGCUGCUUCAGCCGCCGCCGCCGCCGCCGCCGCCUUGGAACCCGGGCCUGGGGGGCGGUGGGGCCUCGUAUGGAGCCCCCGCCCCCCGGAGCUGCCGCUGCCACCGCCGCGCCACACGCAGGUACAUUGGUGCACACCUACCUUUAUUCCCAGUACUCAGGAAGCUGAGGCAAGAGUUCAAGACCAGCCUGGCUACAUAGUACCCCUGGGAUGGCGUGAGUGCUUCCCUAGUGAUGGACCCAUCUGUGACACUGUGGCAGUUUCUGCUGCAGCUUCUAAGAGAACAAGGUAAUGGCCACAUCAUCUCCUGGACCUCACGGGAUGGUGGUGAGUUCAAGUUGGUGGAUGCAGAAGAGGUGGCCCGGCUAUGGGGACUGCGCAAGAACAAGACCAACAUGAAUUAUGACAAGCUUAGCCGGGCCUUGCGGUACUACUAUGAUAAGAAUAUCAUCCGCAAGGUGAGCGGCCAGAAGUUUGUCUACAAGUUUGUGUCCUACCCAGAGGUUGCAGGGUGCUCCACUGAAGACUGCCCACCCCAGCCUGAGGUGUCUGUAACCUCGGCCGUAGCAAUGGCCCCUGCUACUGUCCAUUCAGGCCCAGGGGACAAUGCCACUGGAAAGCCAGGAACACCAAAGGGUGCAGGAAUGACAGGCCAAGGUGGCUUAGCACGAAGCAGCCGGAAUGAAUACAUGCGCUCGGGCCUCUAUUCUACCUUCACAAUACAGUCCCUGCAGCCACAGCCACCCCUUCAUCCUCGGCCUGCCUCAGUGCUUCCCAACACUACCCCUGCAGGAGUACCAGCACCCCCCUCAGGGAGCAGGAGCACCAGUCCAAACCCCUUAGAAGCCUGCUUGGAGGCAGAAGAGGCUGGUCUGCCCCUGCAGGUUAUCUUAACCCCACCAGAGGCCCCAAACCAGAAAUCUGAAGAGUUGAGUCUGAACCCAGGUUUUGGCCGUCCACAACCCCCAGAAGUCAAAGUGGAGGGGCCUAAGGAAGAAUUGGAAGUAACAGAGGUUGGAGGCUUCAGUCCAGAAGCUGUCAAAGCUGAACAAGAAGUCUCACCCUCAGAAGGCCUGCUGGCUCGGCUCCCAGCCAUCCUAACAGAGAAUACAGCACAGGUGUGUGGCCUCUCCACCUCCACCACUGAGAUCACCCAACCCCAGAAGGGCCGGAAGCCCCGAGACCUGGAACUUCCACUUAGCCCAAGCCUGCUAGGUGGCCAAGGACCUGAACGGACUCCAGGAUCAGGAACAAGCUCUGGUCUUCAGGCACAGGGGCCAGCACUAACACCAUCCUUGCUCCCCACACAUACCUUGACCCCGGUGCUGCUGACACCCAGCUCGCUGCCCCCCAGCAUCCAUUUCUGGAGCACUCUGAGUCCAAUUGCACCGCGUAGUCCAGCCAAGCUCUCCUUCCAGUUUCCGUCCAGUGGCAGCGCACAGGUGCACAUCCCUUCCAUCAGCGUGGAUGGCCUCUCGACCCCCGUGGUGCUCUCCCCAGGGCCCCAAAAGCCAUGACUACCAUCACCACCCCUUUUUGGAGUCCAUCCAUCCAUGCUCCUGAACUCUCCAGUUAGCCAUCUCAAGGAGAAACAAUUCAACUGACAGACUUAAGCUCUGGUUGUGGUGGGGUGGAUAUUCCUGGGAAAGAGGAUAUUUCACUUAACUCCUCCACCCAAAACAGACAACUUCUUUCUUCUUCGCCAGCCUUCCAGUGGCCGCCCUUACACGUCUCCUACUUCAGUGGUGGGGCGGUUUAUUUAUUUAUUUUUUGAAGGCCACUAGGAAGAAUCUGGCCCAACCUUUUUAGGGGAGUGGAUAAGAUAUCUCCCCCAUUUCCUCCCCAUUUUUUCCCAAAACGAGACAAUCAGGGUAUGGCUUGAGAAGAACCUUUCUUUCUUUAUUUCUCAGCCUGCCUUGGGGAGUUGAGGGUGCCCCAUCUUCAUUUUGAGACAUGAGUUGAAGAGCUCAUUUGUUUGAUUUUAUUAUUCCUGGCUGUUUCUGAGUCCAGGGAGCACUUGUACGAUUUAAUGGUUUGGGAGUGGUAGCCAGGGAAUCAACACUGUUAAAAUAGGAAUUGCUACCUCCCCAACCUUCUUCUCAGUCAGCUUGUUCUUUUCUCAAGUUACCUUUUGGCCAGAGAGGAAUAUUCCUUUUGUUGUUCUUCCCCCUAAGAAGCCAUUCCUUUGUCUGCCAAAUUUCAUAGGGGCCUGUCUAUUACCUCCCAAUGGAGGGUUUUUUGGGGGGGAUGGUCCCCGUCUGGGGGGCCCCUCCAGCCAGUACUCCAGGUCUCUGUCUCCCACCCCCUUCCAUUUUGAUAGUAUAAUCUAUUUUUAAAUGGGGCUUUUCAAUAAGGGAGAGGGAAACAUCUCUUCCUAUAUCGGAUGGGUGGGUAGGUAGGUGGGUGGGAAGUAAGGGUUUUGGAGGCGGUCUUCCUGCCACCCCCAAGUGUUUAUUUUUGAUACCAAACAUGUAUUUUCAGCUCCCUUCCUCCCAUCCCCCCCAAUUUCCUGUAGGCAGGUACAAAGGACCCUUUUAAGUAUCCCUGGAGUUGGGAGGGAGGAAUGGGGGACAUGGAGCCUGUCUUAUAUCAAUCUAGGCUGGAGAGCAGUGAAUUAAAGACUCCCAGGCUCACCUCCUGUCAGCACUGGCCCAGACCAGGCCUGAAGAUCUGGGGUUGGUGAUUUGGGGGACGGUGCUAUACUCGUCUCCACUGUUUGUUUUGCUUCCCCAAAAUGGACCUUUUUUUCUAAGAGUCCCAGAGAAUGGGGAAUUGUUCCUGUAAAUAUAUAUUUUUAAAGGUGUUGCUGAAA